UUAAAAGCUGCCAGACCGCUUUUGGGUUCAAGGCUGCCACCCUGUUCUUUGAGAUUUAUUUAUUAAUUAAUUGGCCACAAAAACCAAGAAAAAAACAAUAUAAGAAGAAAAUUUUGGUGAGACUGGUAUUCACACGCACACAUACAUACAUACACAUAUUGGCAGUGCCGUUAGCUAAAGCUAAGUGAAAAUGUAUCUGCAAACAACAAAUGGCAAUAUUUGCAAGCAGAUAUGAACGAAAAUUACCUAUUGAUGACACUGAGGCUAUAAGCUGCGAAAUCUCUACAGUCGAGGAGGUCGACGGGCAUACGGAAUAUUUACUGCGUGUGCAGAGGGGAAACAGCUCCUGGACUGUUCUACACCGAUACAAUGACUUCAAUAAACUGCACCAAUGUCUUCGUAUCUCUGGCAUUGAAUUGCCGUUGCCUGGCAAGCGCAUCUUUGGUAAUAUGCGUCCGGACUUCAUAGCUGAACGGAAAGAAGCAUUGCAAGUUUACAUAAACACAAUACUAAUGAAUCCCAUAUUGGCAUCAUCGCUGCCGGCCAAGCGCUUCGUCGAUCCCGAAAGCUACUCUCAAUCAUUCCAUGAUCAUGCAGUGCAAAAUGCACUGCUCUGCCUACGCAAUGAUUCAGUGUGGGCACUGGGCGCUACAAUGGGUGCUAUAGGUUGGCGACUACGCAAGCAUUACUUUAAGUUGACGACCAAGCCGCCAGAGAAGAGCAACAAGUUGGUGAAGAGUGGAUCUCAGACACAUCAAAGCAAACACUUUGCUGCUGGCAGCAAUGGAGGCAGUCACUCAAUCUCAAUUGAUGCUGGCUCAGCGGAUCCCAAUGCGGAAAUGGUCGCCGAAUGGUGUGAAUAUGGUCCGGACAAGUUUGUCGAAGAAAAGGAAAUUAAUGGUGUCCUGAAGAGUUUAAUUGGCUUGCAGCAUCCACACAUUGAAUCAAUAGUUUUCGCAGCAAACACAGAAAGUGGUUGCUUGGUUAUCAGAAAAUUCCAUAAACACGGUACUCUGAAGGAUGUGCUGUGCAUGGCAACGCCCAAGAAUCCGUUUCUGAGCAAAUACGGCAAUCCCAAGGGACGCACUGCACUCUCCAUGAAGCAAGUGGCAACCUAUGGCAAACAGAUAUUGGAUGCUUUGAUAUUCUUGCAUUCAAAAGGCUAUGCUUACGGUCACUUACAUUCCGGCAACAUUGUCAUUGUGGAUGACUGCGUCAAACUGUUGGAUGUUGAGAAUUAUCUGCUAGGUGUACCAGCGUUCUAUCGACCAUUUUUUGUACAGCACAGCAAGAUCCAUACUAUCGAGCAGGUUGAUGUAUACUGUUUUGGUCAUGUACUCUUCGAAAUGGCCAUGGGUUAUCCGCUGCAGGAGUCCGUUGUGCGUCAGAUCACCGAAUGCCCGGAAGCAUUAAAAUCUCUGUUGGAGAGCAUACUUUCGAAGGAAGCAUGCAAGGCUGGCCUGCCCACAUUGGAACAGUUGUUGGCACACAGAUUCUUCACACAGUAUGCCACCGACAUAGCCUCGACUGAGAAGCCGCACUUCAAGUUGUCCCUGAAUGCAAAGGAGCUACUCAGGCAGGCGGCUGCGAAAAGCGAAAAUCGUUUGCGUGACGAGCAAAAGUCGGUGAAGAAUCAAAAGCGUAUUGUUCGCGUGCAGGAGUUAAUGAGCUGCGAGGAGGAGAAGCGCAAAUCAAAGCAAAAAGCAAAAUUAGAGCACAAACAGUCGAAGCUAAAGCAACAGGGUUCACUCCAAGCAAGCAAUGGACGCUUGUCGCUGGCCGCUGCGACUGCUGCUUCGACCAGCACAGCUACAGCUGCUAUCGGUGGUGGCCUAAGCACAGCAGACUCAUUCAAUCGCUCCGACAGCACACCCGAAGAACCACCACCACCCACUCUGGCUGGCCUCAAAUCACACACAACGGGGGCACAGACACCGCGUCAGGAGCUACCCACCAGCAGCAGUGCUACGGUCUCUGUGGAGAGACAGAUAUCGACUCCGAACAUGGCAUCCGCGGACGUUGAAGCUGGCGACGAGGAUGAGCCCACACGGUCAGCGCUGCUCGAGUCAAUUUGCAAAUUCAAUCGCGGCUCUUUGCGCAAAGUGCGAUCGAAUGAUUAAGGCAUUGGAUUAGGAGUGUCUCAUGAAUUUUACAUUAGUUAAAUUUUGGACCAAAUGUGGCGUUAUGAAAUAACGGAUCCAUUAAAUUACAAACAAAACCAAAAAGUAAAUGAAUGAUGUUAAAGAAGGAGAAGAUCAAAUCAAUUGAAUAACCAACAACUAUAAAUAAUUAUUAAAUACACACAUUGGUAAACGAAUGCAUCUUAUUAUUGGCAUAAACAUAAAUUAAUGUAAAAGUAAAGCAAAAACUUAACAAUCCAGCAUAAGUACUAAGUAUAACUAUAUUUACUAACGAAACCCACUGAAUCUGUGUCCACAAAACAAACUAAACAACAAGUUAAAUGUUUUAUUAACUCGAUAAUGAUAAAUACUUAUGUACGUCUGUCUACAGUAUAGUACUAUAUACUAUAUGAUAAGUUUCAAAUCACACUCGGUCAAAGCGGCCAACGGUACGCAACUAAAGCUUUACAUAUAUACAUAUACAAAAAAAAAAAACAAACAUAUACAAAUACAUGACCACUACACGACUGAGAAUAAUCUUUGGUACGAGGAUCUUAAAUGAGAAACAAAAUGAAAAAAAAAACCACAAGAAACUUUAGAAACUUUCCAAAAAUAUUAACGAUAAGUCUGCACCAAAAAUUAGCACAAUGGAUGCUCUAAUCUAAACUUAUAUGAUAUAAAAACAAGAACAACUUAAGAAGAAUAUGUAUAUGUAACUCACACAUUGUAAUUCGUUCCUCGAUGUCGUUCUUGUGCUCAACUGCACCUAACGAUUUUAAAAUG